UGGAUCGGUUUAAGCUGUUCUGUCGCCAAUGAAUUUCCUCUACACUGAUCAUUUGUAAAUCUAAGAUGGUAUGCUAAAAGCUAAGCUAGCUAGCUCGUGACGGCACUGCAGUCAGCUGAUUCAUUCACGUGACAGCCUUUUUUUAAUUUCGUGCAUGUCUAUUCACGGGUGCUGUGAAGGGUUUCGGCGAAUCUAUUUUAUACGACGGAAACGUAGUUAAUAUUAAAGUUAGUGUAGGGGACCCGCGAAGAAUCCGUGGCUGAAGAUAUCGGGUCGUAUUCAAAGGGCUAUGUUACUAAAAACACAUUGAGUCCGCACAAAGAGGAGCAGCCACACGGUUAGCUAAACUGCACUAUUGAUGUGCUGUGCAAGCCAAUAGAUAUUUUUGUGUUCACCCUUGAAAAUAACCUCCAGAAUGAGUCCAGAGAGGAAGAGGCUUUUAAACAUCAUUGUCCUAGGCUUUGGCUUUAUGUUCAUGUUCACUGCUUUUCAAACAUGUGGCAAUAUAGAGCAAACUGUUAUCAAGAGCUUCAACAGCACUGAGUUCAGUGGGAGUGGAUACACGAGCAUGGCCAUCAUCUAUGGUGUUUUCUCUGCGUCCAACCUGAUUGCUCCUUCGGUGGUGGCUGUCAUUGGGCCGCAGCUAUCAAUGUUCUUUAGUGGGCUUCUGUACAGUGGCUAUAUCGCCAUGUUUAUUUACCCGUACACUUGGAGCUUCUAUACAGCAUCUGUGUUGGUUGGAAUAGCAGCAGCAGUGCUCUGGACGGCUCAGGGAAACGUGCUUACGAUUAACUCCACUGACGGCACCAUUGGAAGAAACAGUGGCAUAUUUUGGGCACUGCUGCAGUUCAGCUUAUUCUUUGGAAACUUAUACAUAUACUGUGCCUGGCAUGGACACGAUCACAUAACAGACAAAGACCGCCAGACGGUGUUCAUCUCACUAACGGUGAUCAGCCUGGUCGGUUGCUUCCUCUUCUUCCUGAUCCGGAAGCCUGAUCCUGAGUCUGCUCCUUCUGACCUUUCUGAGGGAGAACUCAUAGAGGACUCCUCUAUAGCUACCUCACCUCAUGCAAGCCUCUGCUCACAAGCUCUAGACGCUUUUGUCAAAGCGUGUAAAAUGCUUGUCACCAAAGAGAUGCUGCUGCUGUCUGUGUCCAUAGGAUACACAGGCUUGGAGCUCACCUUUUUCAGCGGUGUGUACGGGACAUGUAUUGGAGCAAUGACGCAGUUUGGCCAAGACGCAAAGGGUUUGAUCGGCCUCUCUGGCAUUUUUAUCGGCAUAGGCGAGAUCUUAGGAGGGGGCGUGUUUGGGAUGCUGAACAAGUACAACUGCUUUGGGAGGAACCAAGUGGUGCUGCUGGGGAUCAUCACCCACUUUGUUGCCUUUUACCUAAUUUUCCUCAACAUUGCCAGCGAUGCUCCUCUGGCCUCAGAGGCAGGAACAGCAAUGCAGGCCUUCAUCUCCCCCAGUGUCGAGGUGGCGUUGCUGUGCAGCUUCCUGCUCGGUUUGGGUGACAGCUGUUUCAACACUCAGCUUCUCAGCAUCAUUGGCUUCAUGUUCCAUGACAACAGUGCCCCUGCCUUCGCUGUCUUCAAGUUCAUCCAGUCCAUCAUGGCCGCUGUGGCCUUCUUCUACAGUAACUACCUUCUGCUGCACUGGCAGCUGCUCAUUCUGGUCCUAGUGGGUUUUCUGGGAUCACUGACUUUCUUUGUGUCAGAAUGGGUGGUACAGUCCAACAGGCAACAGUCCGACUACGACAGCAUCUGAUCUCUGUCUGUGCCUGUGCAGAGCCUGGCAGUGACUGCAGGAGAGCCAAAUCUUGAUCUCAACACAUAUCUGCACUAAAUCAGAAGGCAUGAUUAGGUAUUUGGUGCAUGGCAGAUGAGCCUGACUUUGUUUCGUUCCUGGCACAUCUAUGAUUAUUUUGUACACUGAGUUUUGUAAUGAUGGGUAGAGAUUUGUUAAUCAAGAGUCAGGCACUUUUGAUUCAAACCCUGUCACCGAAGAUAUAAAAUAAUAGUAAUGGGAAUGUCGCUAGUGCCUACAUGGAGGGAUCUUGAGGAAUUACACUGAUUUAAUGUGGUGCAGGUAUUAAUGUUUUCAGGCAGAGCAGUUGCUCUGACUGCAGGUACAAGUCCUGCUGAUAUUGUGUAUUUUUCCUCUUGUCAGCAAGUCCCAUGAAAAGACUACACACAACAAUGAAUGUAUCACACUUUGUGUGUAUGUGUGUGUACCACAAACCUGAUAUUUCUUAUACCUCUUUGCCAUAGAUCAUGAUUGUUGCCCUAUAGCUAUUAAAAACAUAAGUGACCACACUGGGUGACAUGCUCCUUCAUUAUCAUGAACACACACAUACUGUUUAUUUUGACUUAGUCAGUCCCAUAUGUGGAUUAGUCCUCUACUAAAAAUAGUCCAUGUCAAAUGCAUUAUUCCUUUUUGUUUAUGUAAAAACUACAAUAUCUAGCAGGAAUUUACAUCCCCACACUAACAUGUUGUUGGUUUUUGUCUUCUCAAGGGAUUUAAUGACAGUGGAAAAUACAAUAAUGCCAGCGUACUCAUUGUAAAGUUUUCCUAAUCUUUUGUGUAGCAUACCUUGCACCCACAAAAGCAUGCAAUGCACACAUUUAACCUUGACAUAUUGACACACCAGCCACUCCUGGGCUCUAACUUGCAAGUAACACUGUCCAAGACUGUGAUUCCCUUCUCAUAAAGUAGCUGUGUUGUCAUUCCACUGCCGUACUCUCCAGUCUGGCCUACAGGUUCAGUUACAGUCACAAGCUAAUCACAACCUUAAAAUGAACUUUUACAACAGAUUUUGUGCAAUCACAAGCCGUUUACAAGCCUAGUCUUCGUCAGCUUUGGCCACCUGUCAAUGACUUUUGUUAAACUAACAUUACAGUGACUGGAAA